AUGGAUGGGUUCAUGGCGAGUGCAGCGACGGGGGUGAUGAGCUCCAUUCUCACCCAUCUCGGCGAGCUGCUUGGGGAGGACUACAAGAUGCAGAGGGGCAUGAGGCGCGAGAUCGCAUUCCUCAAGGAUGAGCUUUUGACAAAGGAGACGCUCGAUCCGCAGACAAAGGACUGUAGAAUGAGACACAGGCACAGUGGAGUCACUGGAUUUUUCUUUGGGUAUGUCCAGAAAGUGAAGGAUCUUGUUACACGCCAUGAGAUUGCAGAGCAGAUUCAGGAGCUCAAGGCUCGAAUUGUUGAGGCAGGCCACAGAAGGAAGAGGUACAAGAUUGAUGACACAGUUAAUUUUGGUGGCGUCAACGUGAUCCCUGUGGACCGACGCUUGCCUGCGCUCUAUGCAGAAUUGGGUCGCCUUGUUGGUAUCUGUGUUCCCAGAGAUGAGGUCAUCAAGCUAGUUGAUGAUGGGGUGCAGGGGGUCAAGACUUGUUUAUUGUAUCUAAGUAUGUUUCCAGAAGAUUAUUUGAUCAAGAGCGAUUAUUUGGUAAGAAAGUGGAUAGCAGAAGGAUUCGUCCAUGCACAUGGUAGUGGAAAUUUGGAGGAUGAAGGCGAAUGCUAUUUUAAUGAACGUAUCAGCAGAAGCUUAAUACAACCGGUAGAUUUCCAGUAUGAUGGUAGAGUAUACGCAUGCCAGGUUCAUCAUUUGAUUCUUGAUCUCAUUACAUGCAAGGCAGUUGAAGAAAAUUUCAUAACAGUUGUUACUAAUAGAAAACAAAUGUUGCUCUCACAUGGCAAAGGCCACCGACUCUCACUUGAAUACCAAGGUCUUGAAACUUUAAGAACAAAUCCCAUUGUUACUGCUCAUGUUCGGUCCCUGAACAUAUUUAGAUACUCUGAAGAAAUGCUUCCUCUUUCAGGCUUUCGCUCCCUAAGAGUGCUUGAUCUAGAUGGCAACGAGAAUUUGGAAAGCUAUUAUCUUUAA